GAAAUUCAUACACAAUUAUUUGAGAUUGACGUAAUUUAUCUAUUUACUUCAGAAUCAUGAAAACGAUAGCAGUGUUGUUACUUGGAGUUGUCGCCCUUGCCAGCGCCAUACCCAUAAUGCCUAUGAAGGGUGGAAUGAUCAAAUGUAGAAGACAUGGUUUCCAUUUUGGAGGGAUGCAACAAGGAAUCGGAUUUGGAGGGGUCGGUGGUAGUCAGUUUGGAGACUUAGGACUAGCUGGACCGUAUGGCAACUACAUUAAUUUUGAUAACAACAACGGAUGGGAUAACAAUAACGGUUGGGAUAACAAUAACGGAUGGGAUAAUAACAACAGAUGGGACGACAACAACGGAUGGGAUAACAAUAACGCAUGGAACAACAACAAUGGAUGGGAUGAUAACAAUGGAUGGGAUAACAACAAUGGAUGGGAUAACAACAACGGAUGGGACAACAACAAUGGAUGGGACAACAACAACAGAUGGGACGAUAACAAUGGUAGACGAGUUUUCACAACUGGUGGAUUGGCACAAGGUGGCGCUCAAAUCGGAAGUACCGGAAGUGGAAUCAGUGGAUCAGGAAUAGGCAGUAUUGGCGGCCAUGGAAUUCACUAGGAAAAGAGAAAUAAGAAAAAGAUUAUACGUAAAACAUGAUGAGAAAAUCAAACAAAAAGAUGUAGAAUUAUUUGAUAUGACCGAUUUUCUGUAGUCAUAAUAUAAUUUAUUGCUUUCAUUUACAGAAAAUCGGUUGUAAACUUUUAAAGAAAAUAAGUUAAUAAAAAUAUUUAUGGUUCUUCAAGGAGAAAAUUAUAACACUUUUUUCAAAGCUUCGAAAAGAACUAUAUAUUGUGAACUAUUUCAAAGGUUUUAUGUUUCCAUUUUUUCCUCUAGUUUACUACCAAACUUCAAUUUCACUGCUACUUAAAAAUUUAAAUCUUUAUGUACGUUAGACGUACUUCUUAUCUGUAACCUACAGAAAUCCAUAAUGUUAAUGGCAACGUCUAACAUGCACUAAAAUAUAAAAAAAUAGAAUAUUGUUUCCGUAUUUCUUCAAAUGUUAAAAAUUUGUUAAGUACCCUUUUUGAGUAUAAAAACAAUAUCGGUUUUAUUUUUGAAAUUGAAAAAAAAAUGAAAUAUUCUAAUAUAGCAAACAAUACGUAAAGAAUUUCUUUCAUUUCUUAGUAAAUUUAAAGUAGAAAGGAAAAAAAAUGAUUCAGCGAGUUCUGGAUAAUAUUUUUUUAAAUACUAGUGUAGACUGUGUUAAGUUAGUCCCGCCCUUGACCUAUCAUUUCCGGUGAGUUACGAGUACUCACCUCCGUUACUAUAUACGGCUGUCUGUCAGAUUGUCAAUAAAGCUGAACAAACGGCCUGGCUUGACUAGUGUCAAUAAUGCCGUAAGGAAAUUAUUUUUACUGUGUAAGUCACGCAAUAAAAUUCUGACCCAAGAGCUGGACUUUAUAUUGUACCGAUGUAAUAUCAACUGAAGUAGUCAUCUUUUAUAAUUAUUUAUAAUCCAGAGCCGUUAUUACCUGUUAUAAAGAUUUGAUAUUGUGUCACGCAUCUGGAAACAUGUCAAUUUAAUGUCCGAAAUGAGACAGAAAUUCGCGGAAAAUACUACGAAAACGUUGAACUGUUUUGGAUUGGUCAACGAGACGUAAAAAUGAUUCAUCUAUAUCAAAGGGCAAGGAAUUCCUGACAAUAAGUUAAUUUUAUAUGAAAGCCAUCCUCAAGUCUUUCAAAACGCGGAGAGAAUUUAUAAGAUCCGACCAAUAUUGAAAAAGAUAUAGCAGUUUGAAAUUUAAGAAAAUAGCUGAUCAUGUAGGCAGCCAUUUAAGUGUGUUUAUGAAGUCAUUUACAGACUGCUGGAUUCUUUCUUUAGAAAAUAACUUUUGAAAUAGAUUAAUUUCAUGUUUCUUGAGUGUAAGAUGUAAAAAAAUGGUGAUUUCUUUCAUUUAUAGCUAGAAUAAGUUAAGAAAUUAUUUUACAGAAAUAAGUAAAUACAGUUCAAAUAUGCAUCUAGAAAUUUAGUAAAUCUGCCAGUUUGUUUUUUGUUGCCAUGGAAACAAAAUGGCCGCCAUUUGGUCAAAUAUUCAAAUGCUCAUAACCUUCUCAUUUUUAAGCCGAUUCUGAAAACUUCUUUCACCUCUUUAAAUGAUGUGAGACACCCCAAUAGACGGAAUUAACAUAGGAACAGCAUUGUCUUUCCCUUUAAUAGUUUGCAUGUGGAUUUUGCAGAAUUCUGAAAGAAUGAAAUACACAGCAUUAUGGGUACUUGUGGGAUUUGUUUUCAAGAAAAAAUGAAAGAUUUAUCACCAAAAACGUUGGAAAGAAUGACGUCCUUCUGCAAAUCAUAAAAUUUAAAAUAUUAACAUUGAUAUAGUAUUUGCUCAUAAUGUUCUUAAAGUUUAAAGGAGCUUGACACGAUAUCAAAAACUUUAAACAGACAGCAACGCUUUGAAAUACCAAAAACUAAAGUCUUUGGUGUCAAAAUUUUUACUGCGAGACUAACACACAAGAUAUCACUCCUACAUAUUUUACAGACUAUGUGAGUGUAUCUAAAAAAAACUCGCACAAUUAUUUUGAUUUUACUUUCUAAUGAAAUUUUUUUUAAAUGUCGUAAGAAACUUCACUAGUCUUGAAUCUUGGCUGUUUAAAACAUUGUAUACAUACGUUGCCCGUGAUUUACGUGCCAAUUGGUUUAAACAGACACUUUUGUUUUACAGCGAAAUGAAAUCUCAACUACUCUGCUAUGUAGAAAACUAUUUUGUAUUUGCGUACAGAAUUUUUCAUGUUCUUCUUGUACCGAUUAUUCAAGUAAGUGAAUCAGUAGGUUCAGGGCCUUCAUAACUGGAAACAAAACCUACAAUUAAUUGAUUAUGUCUGCAAAUACCAAGCGUUUUUAUUUUCUAAGGUAUAUUUGUAGUAUAAAUAUGUGAACAAGUAGUACCAUUCAGGAAAAACCCUGACAUCAGGUAAAUGACACAAGGUUGGACAAGAUUCCUUAUGCAUACAUACAAUCAAUUGAUGUGAUAGAAAAUAUGCCAUAAAAUUAUGA